UAUUGAACCACCUGUUGAUGAACUUUGGAAGAUUUGUAUUGAUUGGGCAGUUUUAUAAAGGUUGUGAGGAUCAGGAAUUAAACAUACUGAAUCUAAUACGAGCAAGAUAUGGCGGUCUUUAAUGGUGUUCGGCUGGUGUCUCUGGCUGUGCUGGUGUUGGUGUCUCAGCUGGACUCUGCCAGCGCUGCUGUUCGGGUGUUUGGUUUAAGUGCCAGAGGCCUCGGCGGUGACAUUUUUGAAGAUUAUCUCGAUCCAUACCUCAAGGUCAGGUGUGGAUCUUCUUUUGGGCAGACAGAAAGUUUCGAUGAUAAUAAUAAUCCUACAUGGUCUGUAGAGUUCAACUUCCCAAACUGCAAUCGAUAUGACAAGCUGGAGGUGGAGUUGUGGGACAGUGACCUAUUUUUUGAUGAAUACUUCGGCACGUGUUCCGAAAAUGUGAUGUUUAAAGGGGUUUACUCCAUUACUUGUCGGGGCUCCGAAGAUACCCUGUUUUACAGCUACGAGUUGUUAGAAUAAACCUUUUCCAAACAGCUUUGAAACAAACUGUAUGAUAGGAAUAAAGUUGUCCAAUAUAACGUGUAUGUGUUGCAUUAAUAUGUUCAUUAAAAUCUACAGCUAACAUACUUUUCAUCUUUAGUGAAAUACUUUAACUAACAGCAACAUGAAAAUAGAAAUGAAAGUCAUAAAUCAAGGUUGUCUCUGCUUCUCAGUUCACACUGAAUCUAGUUUUAAUUUGUGCUCUUUAUUAAAUAUAGUGCACCAUAUAGCCCUGCUUCUCCUCUCACAGAUUGGUGCAAGUGAUAAAUUCCCCAUAACCUGCACAUCACAUCACAACACACACACUUUUCAUACUUGUAAACAUGAGUAUUUUACUCUACAUUUUAUGUUUUAGAAAGUAUAGUAUACAUCGAAUGUUCAUAAUUGAUGAGCAAGAGACCUUUUAUUGUAAAUGGCUUUUUUUUUUUCUGUGGAAAUUUUAAUGAUCCCUGGAAUUGCUAAGUUCUAAAUAGUCAAUAAAACAAACAAAAAAAAAUCA